AUGGCUUCGAGCACAAGCGCAGGGCAAGAUGCUAGUGCUUUCAACCCUCUGAACGCCGAUCUCAGUACAGCGAAUCCUGCUGCAGUCGUUUGUUACCUUGAGGCCUCCCAAAACGAGUACAGUGGCCAACUGGGAGCACGGGUAUCUGCGCUUUUCGUCAUCCUUGCGGUAUCGUCAGCAGUCACGUAA